CUUUGAGUCUCCCCAAUAAUUGUUUUCUUUUGUAGCUUGCGGUGAAGAGGAGGAUAAUAGCGGUAAUUAAAGGUUUAGUGAUUAUAUGAAAAAGUAUAUUUAUAAGGCGUGUAUUCGUGGGAGUGAUUUAAAAGUCUUGAAACAUUUAUUAUAAAUAGUCUUACUUAUUUCAACUGUGGUUUUCUCUAAUCAGUGGUAAUACGAAUAAUAGGAUUACAUCAUGUUGCGUCAGCCUACCAGUAACUCAUAAGGUGUCAUUCCCUAGCUUAUAAAAUAUGUUAGUAAUUUAGAAUUCAAUUAUUAACUUCAACUAAUGUCCAGCCUAUAUGCUCACCUUGCUAGCCAAUUAUUCCUGCAUUUUUAUUUAAACUCACGGUUCAGUAAAAUUAUUUGUGAAAGAAGAGAGAGAGAGAACUAGCUAAGGUUCCAAUAACUUCAGAGGCCUGUGGGUGUUGAGGGAGAGAGCACAGAAUGGCGUCUCCCUUCCCUCUGGCAACAGACCUACUCGUGGAACAUUUUUUUGAGUGCACUAACAUCCUUAUCUAAGUGGUGGACAGUGCUGAUGGAAACUGCAUGAGAGACUGUCAGGGGGAACUGAAGAAACUGGUGGCAAGUGCAUCGAGAAGCAGUGCAUGUGUGACGGCAUCAAUGGCUGCAGUAGUGGAGAGGAUGAGUUGGUGCAGCCGUUUGGCAUUGAUGAGUGCUGGGAGAAGAAUGGUGGGUGUGAGCACCUCUGCGUCAGCACUGUGGAGCUGUACUACUACUGCCAGUGCCAGCCAGGUUACAGACUCAUCAAAAACUUUAACUUUGAAGACAUUGAUGAGUGUGUGGUGCCUGGGUCCUGCUCCCAAUAUUGCACUAACACCACUGGUGGGUUCCACUGCUCCAGUCAGCCUGACUAUCGCUGUGACUUUUCCAACUACACACACUGCAAGGCUGAUUCUGGCAAUCCCUAUCUCACCUCCCAUAGGUAUGACAUUCGGAUCGUGAGACUGAAGGAUGGAGAAGUAAGCACCCUUGUCAAGGAUGCCAGGAGAGCCACUGCUUUCAACUUCCAGUACAAAACCAACCAGAUCAUUUGGUGCGACAACAAGGACAUGAAGCUGAAGAGAGCCCAUAUGAGCAGCCCAGAGACUCCUUAGGUGCUGGUGGAGAAGAAUGAGAUGACAGUCUUGCAGUCUGUAUCCAUGGGAACAUUUACUUUGUAGACAUCUCGGCAAACAAGAUCCAGAUAAUUUCCUGGGAUGGCUACUGGACUUGCACUAUUGUGACUGAUAAACUGGAUCUUCCUCGUGCCACUGCUGUGAAUGCCAUUGAUGGGUAAGUCUUUUUCACCUCCUCAAUCCCACAGACACUUGGAUCUUGAAUUGGAUGGUUUUCCUACUUUGUUUAUAUCAUCAAUUGUCUCUGUUGUAUGAAGCACUUGAGUUCUGAUGGGGAUUUAGGCUUAAAAAGACCUAUAUUCAUCCAUUUUUAUUUGUACUAAAAUGACUCCAGAAAAAAAACACUUUCCUUAAAUAUAAAUGAGGUUUGUCUGUUUC